CUUUAGCAUUUUAAUCAAAUAUUUAAUUUUUGUAAAGAAAAAAAUGGGUGAUAUUGAGGGAUCACCUGGGAGUUCUAUGCAUGGAGUCACUGGUAGAGAGCCAGUUCUUGCUUUCUCAGUGGCAUCUCCAAUGGUGCCAACUGAUACCACUGCACAUUUUAAAGUGCCAGUUGAUUCUGAACACAAGGCAAAGAAUUUCAGGUUCUAUUCAUUUUCCAAGCCUCACGGUCUAACCUUUCAGCUCUCCUGGUUUUCUUUCUUCACCUGCUUUGUUUCAACUUUUGCUGCUGCCCCUUUAGUUCCAAUUAUCAGGGACAAUCUUAACUUGACCAAAGUGGAUGUUGGUAAUGCUGGAGUUGCUUCUGUUUCUGGAAGUAUUCUAUCUAGGCUUGCAAUGGGUGCAAUUUGUGAUAUGUUGGGUCCUAGAUAUGGAUGUGCGUUUCUCAUAAUGUUAACAGCCCCACCUGUGUUUUGCAUGUCUUUGGUAUCUUCAGCUGGUGGCUAUGUUGCUGUUAGGUUCAUGAUUGGGUUCUCACUCGCGACAUUUGUGUCUUGUCAAUAUUGGAUGAGUACCAUGUUUAACAGCCAAAUUAUAGGGCUUGUUAAUGGAACUGCAGCUGGAUGGGGGAACAUGGGUGGUGGAGCUACUCAACUCAUUAUGCCUCUCCUCUAUGAUUUAAUUCAAAGAGCAGGGGCUACUCCCUUUACUGCUUGGAGAAUUGCAUUCUUCAUUCCUGGAUGGUGUCAUGUCAUCAUGGGAAUCUUGGUCUUAACUCUUGGCCAAGACUUGCCUGAUGGUAAUCGUGCUUCCCUACAGAAGCAAGGUGGUGUUUCUAAAGAUCAAUUCUCCAAGAUAUUGUGGUAUGCUGUAACAAAUUACAGGACAUGGAUAUUUGUCCUGCUCUAUGGAUACUCUAUGGGAGUUGAAUUGACCACUGAUAAUGUGAUUGCUGAGUACUUCUUUGAUAGAUUUGACUUGAAGCUUCAGAUGGCUGGAAUCGUAGCUGCUAUAUUUGGUAUGGCUAACCUCUUAUCUAGACCUCUCGGAGGAUGGUCAUCAGACUUUUCAGCCAAACUUUUUGGAAUGAGGGGCAGAUUAUGGAACCUAUGGAUCUUACAAACACUUGGUGGAGUUUUCUGUAUCCUCCUCGGAAAAGCUAACACGCUUCCCCUAGCAAUUUUUUGGAUGAUCAUAUUCUCCUUAGCCGCUCAAGCAGCAGAGGGAGCUUGCUUUGGUAUUAUUCCCUUCAUUUCACGACGAUCAUUAGGUAUAAUCUCAGGUAUGACAGGAGCUGGAGGCAAUUUUGGUUCUGGACUGACACAGCUCUUGUUUUUCUCAAGCGCAAAAUACUCAACAGAAACAGGAAUUACUUACAUGGGGUUCAUGAUCAUAGCUUGUACACUUCCCGUAGCAUUGGUUCAUUUCCCACAAUGGGGAAGCAUGUUCUUGCCUCCAACAAAAGACCCUGUCAAGGGUACCGAAGAGCACUACUUCUCAGCUGAGUACACUGAGGCUGAGAAGCAGAAAGGUAUGCACCAAAAUAGCAUCAAGUUCGCCGAGAACUGUCGGUCGGAACGUGGAAAGCGUGUGACUUCAGCACCUACUCCGAUUACUGGAACGCCAAACCAUGUUUAAGUCUCUCAGCACAAUAUGAAAGAAUGGGUGCUUUAGAAAAACUUACUCGUAUAGUUUUUCGGUGUUUGCACAAACACAAAAAAAGGAGCUUUCACUACCCUAUCAUAUGAUUAAUCAAUGUGUAUUUCCAUUUAAUAUUAUGAGAUUAUUAAAAUCAAAACAGUUGAUUUUGUGUGAAAUCCACUACAAGAAUG